AUUUAUUUCACCUAAUUUUACAACGUGCUAAAAAACAAAUUAUGGAAUUUCCCCAAACAAACCGGGCUCUCCGAUUCAAUCGAAUUGCUGGGGAUCUAUUUGUAGACGAAGAAGAGAUCCCGCCGCCUCCCUCAAAUGAACUCCUUGUGAAGGUUCACGCAGCAUCAGUAAACCCAGUUGAUAUCCAAUUAUGGCGAUCAGGGCUCGUCGGGGUGGUAGCUGAUAACAAGGGCAUGGGAAGAGAUUUCUCAGGUACUGUGGUUGCUGUAGGAAGUGAUGUUAAAGGUUGGAAGGAAGACGAUGAUAUUUUUGGGUUAUUAUUUCAUGUGGUGGGUUUAUUUCCAAAUUCCUUGCGUCGAUUUUGGCUUAUUUUGUUACUUCUUUUUAUUAAUCCUUUGCCUGAGUAUAGUUUUCUUCUGUUCGUUUGUCAUUGAAAACCAUAAAUAUACAUGAAUAUCAUGACUGAUGAAUUUCCUAGUUUGGGCAAGGCACCUUCAGCCAGUACAUUAAUGUCAACCCAGCCUCAGACCCCGUAGCAAAGAAACCAACCAGCCUCAAACAUGAGCAAGCUUCUUCCAUACCUCUUGUAGCCAUGACUGCCUUCUCUUGCUUGGUGUGGUUGCCACCGCUACUGCCUAAUUCUACCAGUUCUAGAAAAGUUGCCAUCAGAGGUGCCUCAGGAGGAACUGGGAUGUGGCUAGUCCAACGUGAGAUUUCAUUUCUUAUUUCAAUCAAGAUUUUAAUUUAGAAUGUCAAGUCUCAAGGCUGAUUGUUACACAGUCGCUAAAGUUGUCUAUGACUGCCACGUAACUGCAAUAUGUUCAACCCGGAAUGCCGAGUUUGUCCGAGGACUGGGUGCUGAUCAGGUCAUCGACUAUACGAAAGAGGAGGUUGCCUCUGCUCUUGGUUCCGAGCGGACGCUUACAAAGCAAGACUACGACUUGAUUGUUGAUUGCGUUGGAGGAACCGGUCUUCUCUCAAUAUAUGUAUGUUACUGUAUCAUUUUUCCGAUCAGCUCAAGUCUCAUCUAAAACUAGCCCCAAAUUCUUAAUCCCAAAGGAGCAUACGUAACUAUAGUGGGCGACAAGACUAAUGUCAAAUCCAUCGGUGGCCCAAUCACAUAUUUGACAAGCCCGGGUCAAGUCUGGAGGUAUAUCCAAGGGUGGAUUUGGGGCCCUCGUUAUGGCUGUAUCGCGCUUUAUACGAAGACAGCAUAUGUUGAGCAAGUCGCUCGUCUCGCAGAUCGAGGCGAAGUGAAAGUUGAGAUUCAAGAAGUGAUUGAAGGAGCUUUUGACGAGAGGGAAGGCUGGAGGAAAGCCAUCAAACUUAUGGAAGAAGGACGCGUUCGUGGUAAAGUAGUUUUGGCAAUACCAUGA